GAAAGCUUAUAAAUAAAUACUGUGACGUUGUAACGACGCCAUCUCGAAAGGAAGUGUUUGUAUGUUAACGUACGCUAAAAGCUGCGACCUACGUACAGUUUGUUUGUUGAGUAAAGUAACCUCAAAUCAGCCAGUACGCAUUAGAAUAAAUUUUCUCAUUGUAAAAUUAGAAAAUAAGCGAAUAAAUCAACAAAACCGACGGUCAUGAUUUAAGAGGCUCACAUACGCCUAAUCGAAUCUAUUCAGAAUAUAUAUUUUACGAAUGUGUAAGUAUUCAACCUGAAGUAUAUAUUUAUCACAAGAAAACAGCAUUGCAUCCAAAAUGCCGUAUAUGUCGGAUCCUACCAUAGUGCCACGCGUUCAGAAGUAUCUCGAAUCGAAUGUAGAUAAAACCUACGUUGAUAUAAAUGUUAUGGCAGACGAUCUGCAACGACAGUACAGAGAAUAUUCCAAACGUAAGCGGAGCGUAUUUCGAGCAGCAGUCAACAAGGCGUAUUCGAUAGUUUUACAAAGCUAUGGUUUGGACGAAGAAAACUCUGAUGGUGUACAAAGUGACGACAGCAGCAUCGAUCCUGGAGACCACAAGCAGGACCAGCUCAAUAACUCCAUGAACAACCAGAUGGUGUCGCUGUACAGGAAGCUGCCCACGAAAGUGAUGGACGAGAACGAACUGAUUGAUAUAAGCAGUGAUGAGGACGAAGGUCCUCCUGCGGUUCGCAAGGAGUUCAAACAGCAGCAACCAAUACCUCCUACUCAACCUACUCUUACACAACCUGCACCGGUUAACAAAAACGGUACACAACAACCAGUCGAUCCAAAUCGAGAUGGCGAUAGAGGCAAGAAGCGCAAACUUGACUAUGCUACAGUUGUUAAGUAUUCCCAAACCAAAAAAAAGAAACAGGUCGUUAGUCCUCAGGAGCUGGGAAAUAAGUUCAAAGAUAUCGGAGGGAUGGAUAAAACUUUGGAGGAAGUGUGCAAAUUAUUGCUCCACAUUACCCAUCCAGAGAUUUAUAAUACUAUUGGCAUUACACCUCCAAGGGGAUUUUUGUUGCAUGGUCCUCCUGGUUGUGGUAAAACUUUAUUAGCAAAUGCUAUAGCAGGAGAAUUGAAUGUACCUCUGAUGAAGGUAGCAGCUCCAGAGCUAGUGGCUGGAGUUUCAGGGGAGAGCGAAGAACGUAUUCGGGAAUUGUUCCAACAAUCAUCUUUACUAGCACCUUGCGUUUUAUUCAUCGAUGAAAUUGAUGCCAUCACUCCAAACAGACAAAAUGCUCAGAAAGACAUGGAAAAAAGGAUAGUGGCACAGUUAUUGAGUUGUCUAGAUGAUCUCAACAAAGAACAGUAUGGGUCCAGGGUCCUGGUAAUAGGAGCUACAAACCGCCCUGACUCCAUCGAUCCAGCUCUAAGAAGAGCUGGUCGUUUUGACAGAGAAAUAUCUCUUGGCAUACCCAAUAAGGAAAGCCGUUCCCAAAUCCUCAAGGUUUUAACGAGGAAACUCAAGCUCUCAGAAAAUUUUGACUUUGACAGGCUCGCCAGCCUUACACCCGGCUACGUGGGGGCUGACCUGCUGUCACUAGCCAGAGAAGCUGCUAUGACAGCGGUGAAUAGACUAAUCAGAGAGAUCAAAGAAAACCAUAAGACAACUGUAGAGACACCAGUGGCUGAAAAAGAAAAGGAAAAAGACUCUCCUGAGAUAAUAGUUGAGGACGAUGUUCCUAUUGUUGAAGAUGACGUCCCUAUCGUUGAAGAUGUAACUUUGGUAGAGCCCACAUCUGAGGCCAUUCCCGAAUCCACAUCUGAUGCAAGCACAGUCGAAGUUGCCCCCGUAAAAGUUACCCCCCCUGAACCCGUAGGCAGUCCUGUGGUUGUGAUUGAUGAUGAUUGUUUCUCCAAAGCAUCCAAAUCCGCAGAUGUAGAACCUAAACAAAUGACCGACGAGCUACCAAAGAAGUUGAGUCCAUUGGAAGAAGUGCUGAUUUGGCUUCACGAUCAGUUGCCGCUCUCUCAGCAGGAGUUGGCAGGAUUGUGCAUCACCCUGGCCGACUUUGAAGCUGCCUUGAAAUGUGUGCAGCCUUCAGCCAAGAGGGAAGGCUUUGCUACUGUUCCAGACACAACGUGGGAUGAUAUUGGGUCUCUAACGAAUAUCAGGGAGGAACUCCAGCUGUCCAUUGUGGCACCAGUCCGACACGCAGAACAAUUCGAGAAGCUCGGCAUCAAUAUACCCACUGGAGUCCUGUUGUUCGGUCCCCCAGGUUGCGGCAAGACCCUGCUCGCCAAAGCUAUUGCCAACGAGGCUGGCAUCAACUUUAUAAGCGUCAAGGGCCCUGAACUGCUCAACAUGUAUGUGGGCGAGAGCGAGAGGGCUGUAAGAGUGUGCUUCGAAAGGGCACGUAACUCCUCGCCCUGCGUCAUUUUCUUUGACGAGCUCGAUGCUCUCUGUCCCAAAAGGAGCGCCAACGAUUCCAGCUCAACAAGCCGGGUUGUGAACCAGCUGCUGACGGAAAUGGACGGGGUAGGAGGGCGCAAGGGGGUGUUCUUGCUGGCGGCAACCAACAGACCAGACAUGAUCGAUCCCGCAGUGCUGAGACCAGGGCGGUUGGACAAGAUUUUGUAUGUCGGGCUGCCUCUCGCUUCUGACCGCACAGAUAUCCUACGAGCCAUCACCAAGAAUGGUACUUGCCCCAAACUGUCUCCAGAAGUGUCUUUGGAAGCUAUCGCAGAGUCUGGAGAGUGUGAAGGUUUUACGGGGGCGGAUUUGGCGGCCCUGGUGCGAGAGUCAGGUGUUAUGGCAUUGAAAGACUUGCUGUGCGGGGCUAAUUUGUCACAAGACGUGGUAGUGACUUCAGAACAUUUCAAAAGGGCGUUCGGCAAGAUAAGGGGUUCAGUCAGCGAGAAAGAUCGCCAGUACUAUGAGAAACUGAGGAAGAUGUACUCGUCUGAUAGAAAAGAUAGCCAAGUCGAAGAGAUGGAGUUGUCUUGAAUUAGAGUUAAUUUUUUAUUUCUCAUUGAAUGAUGUUUAUCAGUAAUUGUUAGAUAAUGAAGUAAUUUUUUCAAUGAGUGAUUUGUUUAAUGUUCAAUAAGUGCUGUUCAUAAAACAAAAUGAACUAUUUUUUUGAAAUAUAAAGUAUUUUGUUUGA